AGGGAACUUAACUACAUUCGUAAGCCACGGCGUAAGUGGAUUUGCCUUCGGCCUUCAGCCUCCCGAUAUGAGGUUGACAAGCAUCAAACAAUUUCGAUUCCGCCAGAUGACACAGGUCACGGUGAAGAUGCCUCGAACUCGAUUUCUAUAUCUUUCUCGCUGCCUCCGCUGAGUCAAAAUCUUCUGCUUAAUCGUACUGGCCAAUUUCCUACUACUUCUUGUGGGAUGAUCGAGGAACCGAAUAAAAGUACCACAAUGAACUCGAAUCUAAGCCAAAUAAUGCAGCAUGACCUUCAGAAUACUUUUUUGUUGCACAAGUCUCUGAUUGCGCCAACCGAUUCAGACGUCCCUGGGGCCGAACGAGGCCGAUACACCAAUGUCUAUGCUUCCCGAAACGUAAAUUCUAAUUCCCCAUUAUGUGAAGAAGUUGAAGAUGAUCAAGUGCCGCUUCCUCCACCUUACACUACUGAUCAGGCACCAUAUGUCACAGCGUCAUCGCGAACAGCUAGCGGACAUACUCAGGUCGGUCUGCACGUUGGAUUUACAGACGAUCAGACGUCGACUGCCUCUGAACCACUUCAGCCUGCUGAUUCUGGUUGCUACAACGCCAACUAUAGCCACUUUCCUUCGGUCUCACUGGCUCAAUUUCGGUCUUGGAAUAUUAGUAAUAUAGGCUCUGUAGGCCUGCGAGAGCCCAAUUUGACGCAGCAGGUUGAUGGGUUGUCCAAGGAUCUUGCGGUAACAGAGGCAGAAAAGAAUGUGGAGAUGGAUAGACCUGAAAACACUUUUAUUGAGAAUGGACAGAUAAAGGAACCGAUCCAGCUCCGCCGUUCCGGCCCAGUAGUUCCCGUUUCUCAUAGCGUGGCGACAACGACAGCAGAUAUAUUUUGUGGUCCGGCUUCCAGGGUUGAUCGAUGUGGGCAGAGCUUGGAACUCACUGGUCCUGUUUACCCACAGCAUCCGACUCCAACAUCUUCCAUCUCAUCUUCGUAUUCUCUCAGUCAUAUACCAUCUAUUCAAGGUGUGGUGGGUUCUAUGCAACGCCAUCGGCCAUUUCAGGAUGCUAGCAGCAAAACUGCGGAUAUAGAGGCUUGCGCUAGCUUGGCACCACCUACGCCGAUAAUGAUGGUAGCGACAAGCAAUUCGGCUUUUGCUCCAGAACGUCUGACAACUCUGGUCUAUGCUGAUGGCAUAGCUUCAAAUGGCUCCCAUGAAAGACGCUAG